UGAGGUGCGGUUCGGUCAGGCCGCCCCACGUGCGACAGAGUAGCAAGUUUGUGUAGCAUGUGCGACGUGAAUUUGUGUUAAUAGACACCAAAAGUCCGGUUACUUUUAAAAAUGUUGUUUGGAAAAGAAGUGCCAUGGCGGCGUUUGGAGGGCAUGUCGUUUGGCAUGUACACUUCGGAAGAAAUAAGGAAGUUGAGCGUAAAAACCAUCACUAACUUCAGGUUCCUGGAUGCUGUCGGAAAUGUAGCCCCAAACAGCCUGUAUGAUCUGGCCCUUGGACCGGCAGACAGCAAAGAGGUGUGUUCAACCUGCUGCCAGGACUUCAACAACUGUCCAGGUCAUCUGGGGCAUGUAGAUUUGCCUCUCCCUGUAUACAACCCACUCUUCUUUGAUAAACUGUACCUGUUGAUCCGGGGUUCGUGUAUGGCAUGUAACAUGUUAACAUGUCCUCGAGCAGCCAUCCACCUACUGCUAAAUCAGCUGAAGUUAGUGGAGUAUGGAGCCAUGCAGGAGGCCUACACAGUAGAGCAAGUUCUUAGUCAGUACCUGGAGGAGAAUCCCAAAGCCACUGGGGAUGAGAUUGCAGAGGUGCUUAGGGAAUUUACGGACGCAGCAGUUGCAGAGAACACUAAAGGUUUGGAGAACAUCAAACCAAUUAAACACCUUGUUGAGAAGAAAAGCAGUCUGAUAAAUGACUUCUGGAAGGUCCACAUGAAAACAAGAAAAUGUCCUUACUGCAGGAGUGGCAGGUUUACAGUGCGUCGUGAACACAACAGUAAGCUGAUUGUCACGAUUCCAUCAGGAAUACAGACCAGUGCCAAUACUGACGAGUUGAUGGCUGGAAAGAGAGUUUACCUGACUGCCAGCACUGCCAGAGAUCACAUCAACAAACUGUGGGAAAAUGAAGGUUUCUUUCUGAAGAGUCUGUUUUCCGGCCUGGAGGGGGCCAUGACGUCGCAGGACAGAGAGAACAGUCUUCAUCCUGACUUGUUCUUCCUAGAGCUGCUGGUGGUCCCACCUUGCAGGUAUCGGCCAAUCAAUCGACUGGGCGACCAGAUGUUUACGAAUGGUCAGACAGUCAACAUGCAAGCUGUAAUGAAGGACUGUGUAGUCAUAAGGAAACUUCUGGCUCUCAUUGCUGGAGAGAAAACUAUUGAAGAAGGAGAGGUAAUAUCAUGUUUGCAGGCUCCGGAAGAGACGGACCAGUCAUUUCUUUCUGGGAUCCCUGGGCAAACCUUAACAGAUAAACUCUACAACAUCUGGAUUCGACUACAGACCCAUGUCAACAUAGUCUUUGAUAGUGACAUGGACAAAAUGAUGACAGAGAAAUACCCUGGAAUCAGACAGAUUCUGGAAAAAAAGGAGGGAUUGUUUCGCAAACACAUGAUGGGCAAACGAGUGGACUAUGCAGCACGAUCUGUCAUCUGUCCAGACAUGUACAUUGGAACCGAUGAGAUAGGAAUUCCAAUGGUGUUUGCCACCAAGCUGACCUACCCUCAGCCCGUCACUCCUUGGAAUGUGAAGGAUCUGCGUCAGGCAGUCCUCAAUGGGCCCAACGUCCAUCCUGGUGCAUCCAUGGUGAUAAACGAGGAUGGCAGAAGAACCAUCCUAUCAGCGACAAAUUUAGCCCAGCGAGAAGCAGUAGCCAAGCAGCUGCUCACUCCAUGUCCAGGUCCACAUAAGAUGCCAGUGAAGAUUGUGAACCGUCACAUAAAGAAUGGAGAUGUCUUAUUACUUAACAGGCAACCAACUUUGCACAGACCCUCAAUACAAGCUCAUUGUGCCAGAAUCCUCCCAGGGGAGAAGGUACUUAGGCUCCAUUAUGCCAACUGCAAGGCAUACAAUGCCGACUUUGAUGGAGAUGAAAUGAAUGCUCACUUCCCUCAGAGUGAGCUGGGCAGGGCUGAAGCAUACACGUUAGUCAGCACUCACCAGCAGUACCUCGUCCCCAAGGACGGCAAACCUUUAGCAGGUCUGAUCCAAGACCACAUGGUGUCAGGAACAAGGAUGACGAUUCGUGGCUGUUUCUUCACCAGAGACCAGUACACAGAGUUGGUGUACAGAGGACUGACUGACAAAACAGGCAGAGUGAAACUGCUCCCACCGGCUAUACUCAAACCACAGCAGCUGUGGACAGGAAAACAGGUGGUGUCCACUGUCCUGCUGAAUGUGAUCCCACAGAAAGCUGUGCCUCUUAAUCUGCUUGGCAAGUCAAAAAUACCCUGCAAGGCGUGGAUUCAAGUCCCACCACGUGCAGCUCCAGGCUACAAACCUGACAGCAUGUGUGACUCCCAGGUGGUGAUUCGCCAGGGGGAGCUGUUGGUGGGGGUUCUGGAUAAAGCCCAUUACGGCUCUUCAGCCUACGGACUCGUCCACUGUUGCUACGAGCUGUAUGGAGGGGAGACCAGUGGCAAGUUGCUCAGCUGUCUGGCCCGACUUUUCACCGCUUACCUGCAGCUAUACAGAGGCUUCACUCUGGGUGUUGAGGAUAUCCUGGUAAAACCAGGCGCCAACAAACGGAGGAAGAAAGUAAUUGAAGAGUCUCUAAAAAUUGGAACCAAAGCUCUUCUGGCUGCAUUCAACCUGCCUUCCAGUGUGGAUGAAGCUGAGGCUCAGAGCCGCUGGCAGGACGCCCACCUCAACCCAGACCAGAGAGACUUCAGUAUGGCCGACCAUAAAUUUAAAGAACUGGCCAACCAAGUUAACAAUGAUGUCAACAAGGUGUGCAUGCCAGUUGGACUCCACACUGCUUUCCCAGACAACAACCUCCAGCUGAUGGUCCAAUCAGGAGCCAAGGGAUCUACUGUUAACACGAUGCAGAUUUCGUGUCUGCUGGGUCAGAUAGAGUUGGAGGGCCGUAGACCUCCCCUGAUGCCUUCUGGGAAGUUUUUGCCAUGCUUCCAGCCAUAUGACCCUGCGCUUGGUGCUGGGGGGUUUGUCUCUGGAAGGUUCCUCACAGGCAUCAAACCACAGGAGUUUUUCUUCCACUGCAUGGCUGGCAGGGAGGGACUGGUGGACACUGCUGUGAAAACAUCUAGAUCAGGAUACCUGCAGAGGUGUAUCAUCAAGCAUUUGGAGGGUUUGGUGGUACAGUAUGAUCUGACUGUGAGGGACAGUGAUGGAUCUGUGGUCCAGUUCCUGUACGGUGAAGACGGGUUAGACAUCCCCAAGACUCAGUUUUUGCAGCCAAGACAGUUUCCAUUCAUAGAGGACAACUAUGAGGUCAUUAAAAGGUCUCAGGGCCUUGAUAAGAUUUUGGCACGUUUGGACCCUCGGUCUGCCAAUCAACACUUUGCAGCCAUCCAGCGCUGGAAAACCAAGAGAGAGACAGCGUGUCCACGAAAAGGAGCGUUCCUGUUGUUUUCCCAAAAGAAACUGGCCAAGCUAAAACAGUCAGAGUUGAAUGCCCACGACAGAGAAGCUGCAAUAAUGCAGGUUCUACAGCAGUGGCGCUCCCUGGAUGAAGCUGGCAGGUCAAAAUACACGAAGAAGUCCUCCCGCUGCCCAGAGCCCUCCCUGGGCUUGUUUAGGCCAGACAUCAGUUUUGGUUCAGUAUCUGAAAACUUUCAUGACAUUGCAGAGAAAUACCUGCAGGAUCGAACUGAGACAAGUCCAGACAGCUUGGAUACGCACAGCCUUCGCCAGUUAUUGCAUUACAAGUGGCAGCGGGCACUGUGCGAUCCAGGUGAAGCAGUGGGUCUGCUGGCAGCUCAGUCUAUAGGAGAGCCCUCCACUCAGAUGACCCUCAACACCUUCCACUUUGCUGGCAGAGGAGAGAUGAACGUCACAUUAGGAAUACCUCGACUGAGAGAGAUUCUAAUGGUGGCCAGCUCCAACAUUAGGACUCCUAUGAUGAGUGUUCCGGUGCUGAACAACAGGAAAGCCCUAAAGAAGGCCAAGACCCUGCGUAAGAAACUCACAAGGGUGUGUCUGGCUGAGGUGCUGCAGAAGAUUGAUGUGGUUGAGUCGCUGCGCAUUGAAACUCACCAAAAGCUCCGUACGUUCAAAGUCACCUUCCACUUUCUGCCUCAUGACCGGUACUGUGACGAUAAGAUGCUGUCACCCCAACAUAUUCUCCACUACAUGGAAACAAGGUUUUUCCGUCUUCUCCUCGACGCCAUUAAGAAGCGCAGCUCCAAGCUGGCCUCCAUCACCGUGGAGAUGAGAAAGGCUACUCUCAGAGAUAAGGACCAUGACGAUGAUGGAGCAGCUGACACAGCAGGGGUAGAUGAUUGGGAGGGAGAAGAGGGCAGAGAGAUUGUGGACGACCAGGGGAACGAAGGUGAUGCGGAUGCUUCAGACGCCAAGAGACAAGACAAACAGGAAGAGGAGGUGGACUAUGAAAGUGAGGAGGAGGACCUAGGUGACAACACUGAAGAUAAAGAAGAUCAGUUGGAUGAAGAGGAAGAGGAAGAGGAUGAGAAAGGGGAGAACAGCACUUUAGAAGAGCUUCUGCAAGAAUCUGUGGAGACAAGGAUGAAGAAAAAGAAGAAACAACCAAAACAAGGGGGGGCAGGAAGAGGAGAAGCAUCCUUGAGUCAAAUAAGAAUUAACUCUGUUCUGGAGUCCAACCCAGCAAUAGAGAGCUACUGCUACGAUCACCAGCAUGAACUAUGGUGUGAGGUUGACAUGGUUUUGCCAGUGAGCAAGGUGCACUUUGACCUGACCUCAGUGCUCUCAACACUGGCCCAAAAUGCCGUCAUCAUGGAAACCAAGGGCCUGACUCGCUGCCUGCUGAGUGAAACCACAACAAAGAUGGGAGAGAAAGAAAUGAUUCUUAACACAGAGGGCAUCAACAUGCAUGAAAUGUUCAGACACAGCAAUAUCUUGGACAUCAACAGACUGUACUGCAAUGAGGUUCAUGCCAUGGCUAAAACCUAUGGGAUUGAAGUGGCUCUUAAGGUCAUAGAGAAGGAGAUCAAGGAUGUAUUUGCUGUCUAUGGUAUUGAGGUGGACCCCAGACAUCUGUCAUUGGUGGCAGACUACAUGUGUUUUGAAGGUGUAUAUAAGCCAUUGAACCGGCACGCCAUCAGGUCCAACUCAUCCCCUCUGCAGCAGAUGACCUUUGAGACCAGCUACAAAUUCCUCAAACAGGCUACAAUGAUGGGGUCGCAUGAUCAGUUGGUCUCCCCAUCAGCCUGCCUGGUGGUGGGGAAGGUGGUUAAGGGUGGAACAGGCCUGUUUGAACUCAAACAACCUCUGCAGUAGCAGAGCAUGUUCUGUGGAUUUUCACAUAAAGACACUGGAGGAUGUAGUCUGAACUUUGAUGAAUUUAUGGUUACAGAGCAUUCCUGAAUGAUGUGACACCUCAGUCUUUUCAUUAUGUUGUCAAGGCAUAUGUAUGUUAGUUGAAGAAUGACACAACUGAACAGUCAUUAAUGAGUUGUAAGUGGGCAUUUGUAUUAAACUAUUAUACAAUAGAAAGCCUUUAUUGAAAGGCUUUUCAAUAUAUACUAUAUGCAAAAUCCUCUUUGUAUUUAACAAUAAAAUUAGAAUUCUUUCA